GGCUGGGUGCUGAUUCUUGUCGCCUCAAAGAUUCAUCGAAAGAACCGUCAGCGGCCAUGUUCUGUUCAUCGCUCAGACAGCGAAAGGAUUGGGCGCAAAUAGUUCCAGCUCUCUCACGAAGUACCUCGCUAGAUUGGAAAGGCAAGUUGUAGGCCCCCAGCUUCAGAUAUCGCUUCUCGAGGCAGGGCAGCUGAAAAUUCGACCAACCUCUCCAGAGACAAAUCUCCGCGGCCACGACGUUUCCUUUGAGCUAGGACCACAAAGGCAGCGCCAAUCGCGCACCUUUAAACUCUUACUCCUCUCGUCUGAAGAAGCCAAAGCUGCAGAGGCCAAGACAAAGGUCGAAAGACUAUCCAUGCUCAAUGGUGGGCAAAAUGUGGCCAUUAUCCUUCUCCUAGACGGAAGCGGAAGAGUGGACUCGCUGGUUCACUUACAGAUGAGGUGAGAGCUCGCAUAUGCAGGGGUUAUGGCAUCUGCGGAAGCGCCCGUGCCUGACAGAAUCCUCAGCAUCCUUACGCAAGGCAUGGCCCAUGUGCCCAUAAUCCCCGUCUCGUCCACAGCGGAGCUAGUCACUCGCUUGGAUGUUUUACGACGUCAGUGUACAGCCAACGUUCCCCGCCAAAGCCAUGCUCAGGAAAUGGCUGAGGUUCGGGCCCUCGCAUCGCAUUGCGUGCAUGGACAGGCGCUUUCGCACGAACGUGUGAAUGUCUUGACGGAUAUCUCGAGUGGAUUAGGGAGCUUAGCGCAGCUUGCCUUUGAUAGGGAAGGGAGGAGGAAGCUUUGCGACUUGCUUGAAGACGAGGAGGGUAAUAGAGUGAUUUCAUUCUUUGUCAAUGGCCACGAAACGACUCUUCGGUUGGAGAUGCGAAUGCGGGAGCAGGCAGCGCAAGCACCCAGAAAUUUGCAAAUGGGGUCGGCAAACCUGUGAAUUGCGGCAUAUGGAUUGUUCCAGAGAUAGUUUUUUUGACAUGCUCAAUCAGCAGGGAAUAUGAUCUAGCUUGCAGUUGUUACGAGUACGAGCGAGUGUUUGAUUUGGCCGGCGGAGAUGAGAAUGAGCUGCCGUGGCGUGGAUGGAGCCAAUCUCAUCCACCAUGAUGUCUGUCCAUUCACAUCAAUAGCCCCAGGCUACUUGUUGAUCAUCACCUGGCUAUGGUGGAAUCUUGGUCUUCGUAAUCAUCACCACGAUCCAUGCUAUGAAGAAUUGGACGACAAGAGGCC